CGUUGUAGUUGCGAAGGGAGAGGGUUUGAGCUCAACGCCGCCAGAGCUGGGGGCGCAACAGCGCAGUGACAAGCCAUCUGUAAGCCACAGGAAGGAGGAAAACCACCUUCGUCUCUUUUAUUUUACCUUUAAUUAUUUUACAAUGCAUAAUAAACUGAGAGCAGGCUCUAAAUGAAACAAUAAAACCGAAUUUAAAGUUGAAAUCAAUGGUACAGGAGCGUAUAAUGUCCAGGACGCCUUCCACCUCAACCCAGGAAAUCCAAAUGGACAUGUUUGACCACCACGGCUCUCACGCUCAGGGGAAGUAUGCAAAGAGGAAGAGCCGUUUCAAACGUUCAGAUGGCAGCACCUCCUCAGACACAACCUCUAACAGCUUCGUCCGACAGGGCUCAGCAGACUCCUACACCAGUCGUCCUUCAGACUCUGAUGUGUCUCUGGAGGAGGACCCUGAGGCUCUCAGGAAAGAAGCCGAUAGACAAGCUCUCGCCACCCUAGAGAAGGCUAAGACCAAGCCUGUAGCGUUUGCUGUGAGGACUAACGUUGGCUAUAACCCAGGCCCUAAUGAUGAUGUGCCGGUUCAGGGCAUGGCUAUCUCUUUCGAAACCAAAGACUUCCUGCACAUCAAAGAGAAGUAUAAUAAUGACUGGUGGAUUGGGCGUUUGGUGAAGGAAGGGUGUGAGGUGGGGUUUAUCCCCAGUCCAGUGAAGCUUGAGAGCACCCGUCAAUUACAAGAACAGAGACUGAGACAGAACCGCCUUAGCUCCAGUAAGUCAGGUGGAAGCUCUAGUCUGGAUGUUGCCACUGGUGCCCGGAGGCCCACUCCACCUGGAACAGCUGACUUGUCCUCUGGGCUUUAUGACGAUUCGGAUUCAGAAGUUGAGGAGGUGGAGCCUGCCAACACCCGCGACCAAAAGGGUGUGGGCGGAAGUGUCACCUCCCCUCAAGGCAACCUACCCCGCCUCCCUUUCUUUAAGAAGAUGGAACAUGUUCCUCCUUAUGAUGUGGUGCCUUCCAUGAGACCCAUUAUUUUGGUGGGACCAUCCCUUAAAGGCUACGAGGUGACAGAUAUGAUGCAGAAAGCUCUCUUUGAUUUUCUAAAACACAAAUUCGAAGGCAGAAUAUCCAUCACCAGGGUGACAGCAGACAUCUCACUUGCCAAACGUUCCGUCCUAAACAACCCCAGCAAACACACGAUCAUCGAGCGCUCCAGCACCAGAUCCAGUCUGGACGUACUGGCUGAGGUACAGAGUGAAAUCGAGAGAAUCUUUGAGUUGGCCCGGACGCUCCAGUUAGUGGCUCUGGAUGCCGACACAAUCAACCAUCCAUCUCAGUUGGCCAAGACGUCACUGGCACCUAUCAUAGUCUACAUCAAGAUUGCCUCUCCAAAGGUGUUGCAGAGGCUGAUAAAGUCCAGGGGUAAAUCUCAGGCCAAACAUCUCAAUGUCCAGAUGGUGGCAGCUGAUAAACUUGCGCAGUGUCCUCCUGAGCUUUUUGACAUAAUAUUAGAUGAGAAUCAGCUGGAGGAUGCAUGCGAACACCUGGCUGAAUACCUGGAGGCCUACUGGAAGGCUACACACCCUCCGAGCGGCAACCCACCCAACCCUCUGCUCAAUCGCACCAUGGCCACAGCCGCCCUGGCAGCUUCGCCCGAACCCGUCUCCAACCUGCAGGGGCCAUUCCUGGUGCAUGGAGAACAGAAGAGGGAAGGGCCUGAACGUGGCAGUCUCCAAGAUUACCAGAGCGACCUGAGUGGCAAGCAGCCGCUGCGCUCUUCACGCAGCCAGUUGCAAACCGGCGGCCGAGGUCUGUCGCGGCAGGAUACGUUCGAUUCCGAGACGCAGGGCAGCCACGAUUCUGCCUACACUGACGACAUGGAGACCGACCCGUACGAGGAGCCGGACCCGUGUCGCUCGUACCGUCUGAACCCCGCCCACCACGCUCCUCGCCAGGCCUCCUGGGAGGACGAAGGGGCGGAGCCUGACCAGGAGAACCUCAACAUGGUCCCACCACCAGUCAGUCAGCACCAGCGUGGACGAGGCAAGCUGAGGGAGCGCUACUCUCAAGACGCAGAAGGAGGCGGAGCGACGACGGGCCGCAACCAUAACCAGGAGGAGUGGAGCAGAGAUGUGUACAUUCGCUAGAGCAGGUUUACUUGAGACGAGGGUGAAGAGUUGUUUAGAGUGACACUAAAUAGAAUCUCUAUAGUUGGAUCUGUUUACAACCCAGAGAAACACACAGUCAUUGACUAACGCUGUACAGCUAACACUCACGACAUUCGCAUUACGCUAACAAAGCUCUCGGUCAUUACAUAUUUGAUGGUGACCACAUGUCCUAUUUUUCUCAGAAAGGCUUUCUUCUUGGCCAGGAUUUCUUUUUUUUUAAGUUAUAUUUAUGGGAUUUUUAUGCCUUUAUUGUGA